AUGAUCACCACCGCCGAGUCGCGCGGACUCGUGCUUAACGACGGCCAUGGCCUCCUGCUCAAGGCACAAGGCGACCUCGCGUACACGACACGCGACCAGAAGAACGGCUUCUUCACGUGCAUUGCCGAGAAAGCCAUCGAUUUGGGCCAAGUCGCCGACGGUAACGACGACAGCGACGCGGUCGAGGACGCCGUUCAGUGCGUACCUAUCGUGCGCCUCGAGACGAACAGACGGGCGCUGGUCAUUGCUAAGUUCGAAACCGAUGGCCACGAACGGACGCUCGUGGUGUCCAAGUCGAGUCCUGCCGUGGAGACCGCGCUCGAGUGA